AUGCAAAAAUUUAAGGAUGUGCCAGGUACCCAGAGGUACCCGGUGCAGGUACCCGCCCUGGUGGCCCUAGCAGGUGCGGGUGCAGGUGCGGGUGUCAAAAAUAUUGGAUUUUUGAGGCAGGUACCCGCACCCGCUACAGGUACCCGGGUAUCAAGCGACAUCUCUAUUCUGGAUCAGCAAAGAAGACCCAUCGCUUGCCACAGUCGACCCGCUGCGAGCAAGAAGAGCGUCUGGUCUGCUGUCACCUCGCCCACCCCCUCCAAACCCGACCAAGACAAUAUGCUCCCUGGUAUCAGCCCCCCCGGCUCCACUGGCGUCAUCUUUGUCAUGGAUCGCGCAAUGGCUAAUGGCUUCUCCUACGACGACCACACUUGGCCUAAUUUCGGACAAGGUCUUCUAGCUUUCCCUUUCCGGUGCUGUCUGCACAUCGACAAGCUGAAGGCAAACAUCAACCAGAUGGGCCUCUCGGCCCUCUUUUCCUCCAACCUCAGGACCCCCACCGGCCAGGCCGUCGAAGGAGCCGAGCUCGAGGAACUCAUCCAGGUCAGUCGCAAUGGUCAGGGCGUCAUCUUGGACGAGUUCUAUAAGCGGUAUAAUCUCAACGGCCAGCUCGGCGAAAGUCUUUCGGCUGCUAAAUACUACAAAGGUCCACUGCUUUCUCUCUCUACAUAUCAGGUUCCGGUUUUGCUCUAG